AUGUUGCCAAAGUUCGACCCAACAAACCCAAAAGACUGUAUGUCUCUUCUUGAGGAUGCGACCACCAACGUAAAGCAGAUUCAAGAUUCCGUGUUGGAAGCUAUACUUUCACGUAAUUCUCAAACCGAGUAUCUUAAAGGCUUCCUCAAGGAUCAACUCGAUAAGCAAAGCUUCAAGAAGAACCUACCCGUUGUGACCUACGAAGACUAUCGCCCUUAUGUUGAUCGUAUCGCUAAUGGAGAGCCCUUUGAUCUCAUCUGUGAUCGACCCAUUAUUGUUCUCUUGGUCAGGUACCUUUUUUGA